UAAAAAGCUUUUUAAUAGAUUUUUUAAAAAGAGAGAGAUCAAAUAAUCUUUUUCGCUUUUUUAUCUUUUCAUUUAAAUCAUGCCGUAGAUUAAGGUUACCUGAGAAUGAGCUGCGGAAAACCAAUCAACCGAUGAAUGAUUUGUCACCGUGAUUGUGAACUUAAACAAUUGCGACCGCGAUGCGUUACAAAAUUUUGCAACCCGGUUGCUCAGAGUUAAUUGAUAUAUUGAUAUAUCAACAAGAAUGAACAUAGUGAAAUGAUUAUCUCACUUAACUCAUUCCAUCCUAUUAAGAUCGAAAUGUCAAACGAACGGGCGUCAUAUUCGAUGGACGAUGCCAGCAUUCAUUCGAACCAUACCGAAGCUAUAGACGAUGCGAACACUGGCUCAAAGCAUGUUGAAUCUACUGAUAAUGUCGGCACUAAUUUGAAGCCAAAUCAUUGUGAAUCUAAGGAUGAUGUUAAAAUUCGUCUAAAGCAGCAUAUCGAGACGAAUUAUGGUCAAGGGGGUUUUCAUCCGGUGCAUCUCAACGAUACCUUCAAGCAUGAUCGCUACAAGAUCAUACACAAACUAGGACAUGGAGGAUUUGCGACCGUAUGGCUUGCUCGAGAUGUUAAGAGAGAAAGAUAUGUUGCUGUGAAAGUUCUCGCAUCACGAUUGUCAAGUGGUUCACCAGAAGUUUCCAUAUUACGCGCAAUGAAAGAUAGGUGAGUAACGUACCAUGGGUUUUUACUCCAGCAUUGUUAGGUUCUAGCCUUCAAUUCAAUACUUCGCAUUUUAUCUUUCUGAUAAUUAUGCUUGUGUCUGUGUCUUAUGCCGUUGAUCAUUCAUUACAAAGCUGAUAUUAAGCUGGAAAUGAAAUCUGUAUUCUCAUUCCUACUUUCAAAGAAAUUUUGACCUUGGAUUUCUUUUGCCCCUUGAAAUCUAUACGUCGAAUUACUAACCCCGUUGUUUGAUUAGCUCAGAGCAUAUUGGAAAGCCUCACGUCAUGUCCUUGCUAGACCAUUUUACCCACCAGGGCCCAAAUGGAAGUCAUUUAUGCCUUGUCUCAGAGGUUGGAGGCCCCAGCAUCAAAGAGUUCAAUGAUUGCCCUGGUGAAUACAAAGGAAGUCGCCGUUUAGAAGCAUCUGUAGCCCGAAACGUUUGUUUGCAGGUUAUAAAUGGCUUGGAUUACAUUCAUACUACCGGCAUCGCUCAUGGAGGUAUGCCAUCUACAUAAGUCCUUUAUUAAUCCAUUAGUUGAUCAUGAAAUAUAGAUCUCACUCCUGCCAAUAUCUUACUACAGCUUGCUAAUAUCGAUGAGUGGACCGAAGAUCAAAUCCACGAAAGAUUAGGUGUCCCUCAAAAACAAGAGAUUGACUGUUCCAGCUCUCAGCUCCCAGCAUCAGCAUCUUCCUUCCCCGAUUAUGCAGUUGUCGCAAUAAAUAUGAAGGAAGUGAACCCUAUCUGGCUAUCCGAGAAAAUCAUUAUAAUCGAUUUCGGUAUCGCUUUUUUUCUAAAGAAGUCAUCCUUAGACUUUGGUACUCCCAAAAGCUACUGCGCACCCGAGUUCUUGUUUGGAGGCCAUCGAAGUAGCGCUUCAGACAUCUGGGCUUUGGGAUGCACAAUAUUUGAAAUUCGUACGGGAUCUCGAUUGUUCAAAUAUAAUGGCAUCCCAACCAAGGAUGAGAUGUUGAUAGCUACAGUGAAACGUUUAGGAACUCUUCCUCAUAAAUGGUGGGCUGUAUGGCGAGAAGGUCUGGAAUGGUAUAAAAAACAAACCGAAAUCACUACAGGAUCGAAGAUAGGAGAUAUACUUGAACAAAUCUUGGAGACCGGUGCACACGAUGGGGAUGUUCCUGAACGAACCAAACGUAAUAUGGAGGCUUUGAAUUAUAUUAAAAACGCCAAGAAGAAUUCUCUCAACAGCAUUCCCGAGAGAACAGAAGAACUUGUACGGAUCGCUGAGAAUAUGAGAACUAGCGAAGCAAGCAAGGUGCUGAGACUGGUAUAUAGUUCUGGCCAACGACAAUCUGGUUCUGGUUCCUUGGAGGAUAUAAAAGUUUCGGGAUCAUCCUCAAACCCGAAGGGUUCUGGCUCUAAGAGUUCGGAAGCCAAAAGUUCUGAGGCCAAGAGUUCAAAUACUAAAAGCUCGGGGAAGACUCCGUCGUCUGAGGGUGUCUCUACCGGCAUGUCUAAAACGAAGACUUCUACAGCGUUUUCUGAAGUAACCGAGGAGUCUAAAAUCAAUGCUUCUGCACAUGCAUCCGACCCUAAAGGCAAUGCAACUGGGGAGAUGACAAUUUAUCCCGAUAAGAAUUUACAUUGCGGCCCUGCCCAUAUUCAUAGUUUUCUCGAGCCUCCCGGCUUGAGGAUAUCUAUUGCCGAAGCCAAAUCCCUCGAAGAUCUACUACGAAAGUCCCUGAGAUACUUGCCUGAGGAACGCAGCACUGCUUCGGAGUUAUCGAAACACACUUGGCUCUCUGGUAUUUUUAAUGAGACCGAUCUAAAGCCAGCAUCAAGCACUAGUCCUGCCACCUAAUUGGGACCCGUCUUGCUUUCUGUCUUGGUUACAAAUUCUGAAAUCCAUUUAUUGUAAAUUUGCAACAUUACCACUUUCCCAGGUUUUCUCAUCCCAAUAUCACUUUAUUGUUGUUGAAUUGUGCGGGUUUUUUAGUAGAAAAAACUAUUAGUUAAUUUGGAUUUUAGUGAUUUUCCGGGCAGUGGUUGUUGUCAUUGAUGGAAUUUAAGGGUCCAUGGAAGAAAUGGCUUUUUUCAUGUUCUCUGGAUGAUUUUGAUUUUCUCCAUGCGCAGUUUUUCCAACCUUCUAGUUUUUUAUGGCCUUGA